AUGUGGUACGCAUUUCACUUUUAUUGUUGGGAGAUCCUUGGCCAUCUGGCAGGGAAAGAGUUGAUCGAGAAGACCCUUGGUCAAGUUAUUCAGGCCGCGAGACAGUAUUGGGAACCCCAUACAGUCCUGGCUUUGUAUGACCUGGAUACCAUAUAUUGUGUCCAGCUUGCUGAGGUCACAUACAAGAGAUUUGAGGGCUACAUUUUCAACUGUGAUAUCAUGGUUAAUCCAUGGACUAUACCCGAGCUUCAAGAAGCAAUCCAACGUGCCCAUAAUGUGGUUGGAAAACGCAAUAGUUCCUGUGUCAAUCGACCGCCACUCGAAAUCUCUCUUCUGGUGGCGGAGAUCAUUUGCCCUGUCAUCUACACUCAAACCGAUGUGCAAAAUCUGCGUAACAUGCUAUCCACAUUUGCGUUGAAUUUACCAGAUGCCUUCUGCAGAAGCCGUUUACAAUCCAAACAGGAUUUGCUUUUUGAAGUGGAUUUGCGAGAGACUGAUUCAGUGGACUGGCAGGUCUUGUGGCUAGAGUUGAUGGGCCUUGUUUCCGAUAAAUGGUACAAGUCCAGUGGAUUGGCACACCGUGAGCAACUACUUGGACUGAUUCGGGAGAUCAUUGCCAAUUUUCAAUAA